UCAGGGAGGUUAAACUGUACAGUUCGUCUUAAACACAUGAUGAUAAGCUUGAUUUGAUCAACUCUUGCAAAUAGGAAGAAACAGGAAUUUUGCUUUUCAAAUGCUUGAUGGUAGAUAAAAAUUACUGUAGACUUGCUCAAGAGAGUGAUGUUGAAUGUUUAGUUGAACAGAAAAGGAUAUUAAAACAUGGAUGAUGAAGAUGUAAAACAGUAUCUGGAUCAGGUAGAGAGGAUCGCUCAAUGCCCAGUGUGUCUGGAGUUGGUCAGAGCGCCAGUCGUCUUGUGUGUCAACGGACACGUAACUUGCGGCCAGUGUAGGAACAAUGCUGCCAACUGCCAUGUGUGUCGUCAACCGUUCAGUAAUGUCUCUCCCAGGGUCUUGGAGGAGCUGCUGUCAGCGUUGCCACAGCUCUGUCCUAAUGAAAGGUGUGGGGUUGUUACCUUCUUGGAUAAUCACUCCAAGUAUUGUGUUUACAGACAGAUAAAGUGUAGAGUUGCCAAUUGUCAAUGGUCUGGAGCCGUCAUCGAGUGGUUUGAACACAUCAACAACAUCCAUACCUCUCAAACAUCUAAUCUAUAAAAGAGUACAAACUAAAUGUGGUCAUUACAUACUUGUCAAUCACCAGUUUCCUAGGCAAUUGGAAAUGUGUUUAUUACAAUCAUGUAGUUGAAGACCAACAUUUUAUUAUGAAAUGUUGGAAGAAAGGAAACGAUCUCUAUCACAGCUUCAGACAUGUUAUGUGUGAGAGAUCUAGUGUUGAGUACAGAGUUAUAGUUGAGUACAAGCGUGGUCAGCAAACUGUGUAUAGAACUUUGAUUGAAGUCCAACCAUAUGAGGAUGAUGAGUCCAUGGAGACCAAUGCAGCUGUUUUUCUUAUUGAUGAAUUGAAGGAACUGGUUAAUGAGGAUGGCCAUUUGCCAAUCUUUAUUACAGUAAAAACUCUUUCUUCUAAGGGAGAGUAAAAUAACUGUGUGAAACUUGCUGUUGCAUGUUUGUUUGACAAAUAACAUAAUACAAGUGAUGCAUGUAUUUUUGUUAAUCAGAGGUAUAGUAUAUUAUUUUCUUGUUUAGUAUUCAAUGAAAACCUCUUUGG